UGCAGUUCGGUAAAGUUGUGUGGAAGAUUUUUGCGUGUGUUUUUUUAACCGGUUUACCAUUGUCAUGAUGAUUACCGCAAUAUUAGUGGCUUCUCUGUUGGCCCUUCUGGGGUACGGCUUGAAUUUGUUGAGGAAAAAUUUAUCAUAUUGGCGCGAACUAAAUGUGGCUUGUGAUCGACCCCAUUGGAUGGUGGGCAACUUGCAGGGAGCCGUUACGGACCGAGCCUUCUCUGACAUAUGGCAAAGCUACUAUGACAAGUAUAAGGACACAGGACCAUUUGCCGGUUUCUAUUGGUUCACCAAGCCCGGGGUGUUUGUAUUGGAUCCAAAUCUUAUAAAGAAUAUACUGAUCAAGGAUUUCACAAAGUUUCAUGAUCGUGGAAUGUAUUGCAAUGAAGAGGAUGAUCCUUUCACCGGGGCCCUUUUCAAUUUGGAGGGACCCAAAUGGCGAAACAUGCGCAACAAAGUGUCGCCCACCUUUACCUCAUCACGCAUGAAAAUCAUGUAUCCUUUGGUCAUGAAGGAGGGCCAAGAACUUAUUGAGGUAAUGGCAAGCACCAUUGCUGAAAAUCCUACAAUGGAGAUGAGAGACAUUAUAUCGCGCUUCACCACCGAUGUCAUUGGCAGUUGUGCCUUUGGCAUUGAAACCAAUAGUUUGCGCAAGCCUGAUGCCAAAUUUCGGAAUAUGUGUCGCCGGGGUUUGGUCGAACAGCGUUUGGGAGUGGCCUUGCGUUUUAGUUUUCCCAAACUGGCUAAAUUUUUGCACAUGAAACAAACACUGCCCGAUGUGGAGGAAUAUUUUAUGGACGUAGUCAAGAAGACGGUGGAUUUGCGUGAACAAACCCAAGUGCGAAGAAAUGAUUUCAUAGACAUGUUGAUAGAUUUAAAAAACAACAAAUUAAUGAAAUCCGAAACGGGAGAGGAGAUGACAAAUUUGACAUCUGGUCAAUUGGCGGCUCAAGUCUUUCAAUUUCUGUUGGCUGGAUUUGAGACCUCAUCCACGACAAUGGCUUUUGCCUUAUAUGAGUUGGCCCAAAAUCAGGAUGUGCAACAAAGAGCUAGAGAGGAAAUUAUCAGUGUUUUGGAAAGACAUAAUCAAGAAUUCAGCUAUGAGUGUAUGAAAGAUAUGGUCUAUGUGGAUCAGAUAAUGCAAGAAACUCUACGUCUCUACAGCUCUCUAUCUGUUUUGAAUCGUUCUGCCCUCGAAGACUAUGUGGUGCCCGGUAAUCCGAAAUAUGUCAUUAAGAAGGGAAUGCCCGUCUUGAUACCAGCUGCUGCCAUACAUCGUGAUGAACGUUACUAUCCCCAGCCGAAUGUUUUCAAUCCGGAUAAUUUCUCACCCGAGAUGGUUAAGGAAAGAGAUUCGAUAUUGUAUUUGCCUUUUGGUGAAGGUCCACGCAAUUGUGUGGGUAUGCGUUUUGGUAAAAUGCAAGUCAUCAUUGGUUUGGCACUCAUGUUGAAGAAUUUCAAGUUCUCUGUUUGUGAUAAGACCACCAUACCCAUGGUUUACGAUAAGCGUAGUUUUUUGACUUGUCCUGCAGAGGGUAUCUAUUUGCGUGUAGAGAAGGUUUAAAUUGAUAAUACUCGUCCUCUUCUAUUGUUUUUGUUUUAUUUAUUUAUAAUUACCCAAAAUAAAAUGAUAAUGAAAGCUUUUAUAA